AUGAGGAGCUCCCUUCAGUCCCUGUGGAGGGCCAAUUUGCUCCUUUAUCUUGGACUAUUUCUGCACUGUGGUAAGUAGAACAUUGAAUUGCUGCAGAUGGAUUGGAUUCAGGUGAAUGAUCAUGCUGAGUUAAAUUUUGGUAAGAUACUAGGUACUCAUUUUGUAAAAAGAGGGGCUAUGCCCUUGUGCAUUUAAGGCAAGUUAUUUCAAAGAGAAGAGCAAAUGUGGUGUCAGCCGCUGAAUCCAUUUUGAAUUAUAAAAAAAUAUGUAUUUAUGUAUUUUCUUAACAUGUAUGUAUCUUGCUAUAGUAAUCUAGUGAAUGAUAAUAAAAAUUAAACAUUUAUUUAUGAAGCUGGAGUUUUCAGAUAAAUGAAUCACUAAGUGUUGCUUUGGUAAUCAUUUUUGUUAAUAAAAUACUUAUUUUCAAAGGCUUGCUGUUAAGGUCUUUGAUGCAAAAUUAAUUGUUUACUUCUGUAAUUAUCUACCUUGAUCAAUUUAAUAGUGGAAGGAACACACAUAAUGGGCAAAUCAUUUUUCAAAAAUAAAAAUGCAGGAUAAUUGCCCCUCUUGUUUAUGAAUUAAAUCUUUUUUUCCCCUUAGACUCUUUUGUGUAUUUAGAGACACUUUUCUUUGUGGAUACCAUUAACGAGUUAGAGUGAUAUACUGUAAAAGUGUAUUUUUUCACUUUUUUUUUGCCUCGUCACUUGAAGGAAACAGAGGUUUGCUUGAGGACCCAACAAUACCGCAACAAAAGUUUGAACCUUGAUUAGAGCACUGUCAGUAAAAAACAAAAACUUAACACUCAGAGCUGCAGUUUGAUUUGUGUUUUGUUCUUGCUUGACCCAGGAGAGGCCAGAGUGAACACUGAAGCACCAAGCGGACCUCUGUAUCGUGUUGUAGGAACACCGCUGUACAUCUCCUGCAAUGUGAGUGGAUUCAGUAAUGCAGACAUGAAAAAACAGUUUGAAUACACUGUUGUGAAGCCUGGAAGUAGAAGAACGGAGAACAUUAUAAGCUCCCGUGACCCGGGUUUUGGCUAUGCCUCAUAUCUGCGCCGUAUUGAGAGGAAGGAAAUCAGCCUUACACAUAUAUCCGCAAACCUAGUCCUGUUUGAGAUACCAAGCCUGAUGAAGAGUGAUGAAGGGGAGUAUGAGUGUACUGUGAUCAACGCAGACACUAAUUAUGAUGGGGCCUAUUCUGCUAAAACAUCAGUGAAAGGUAAUCAGCCUUUUUUUUUAACUUUAAGACAUACUUCUCAAUGUAACUGCACAGGUGUAAGUGAAGCAUUCAUGACUCUUUUUCUAUUUCUGUCUCUAGUGAUUGACAACUCCCUGAGUGUUUCAUCACCUGCCCCCACCUCACAGAGCUAUAAUGAGGGAGAUGCUUUCACUUCCACGUGCCAAGCCUCCAGCAACACCAUCCAGCACACCCACCUGUCUUUCGCCUGGUAUCUCCAUAGAGAUGGGGAGGAAAACGCUCAGCCCAUCAUUUCUCUGGACAGAUAUUUCACCCUGAGUCCCGGUCCAGGCUUUGAGGAGCGUUACCAAGCUGGACACAUCAGUUUAGAUAAAAUAGGAGAGGCCACAUACAAGCUAAAGAUGGCUGAGCUGCAGCUGUCAGACCAAGGCAGGGUUUUCUGCCAGGCUCAGGAGUGGAUCCAAGAACCAGACCGCUCCUGGUACUCCAUUGUACAAAGGGAGGCUGAGGCAACUACCCUGACAAUCAAAGCUAGAGGUUUGAAGCAGUGACCAUUAAAAUGAUUUUAUAUUUUAAACUGAACACAUUUUAAAGCAUUUCAUUUUUUCUCACUCUGCGGCUUCUUCACAGGAUGUGUCUGUGUCUCACUGUGCUUUUUUUUCAGAGGUGUUGCCAGACACAAUGUCUCUGGUGGUGAGUAUCUCUAUGCAGUCUGGUUCUCUGCAAGUUGGGCAGAAGCUUUCGAUCUCCUGCAAAGUAAACACGCAGAACUCCGAGGAUGGGCUCCUCUCUGUGGCCUGGUGGAAGGGAGGUGUGGAGCUGGCCCGCAUGGGCCCGACAGGCAUUCUGUCAGUGGGGCAAGAGUAUAUAGCACGAAAAGAAGAGCUCAGCAUUACCCGUAUCAGUGACAAAGAUUUCAAUCUCAAACUACAGCCUGUCAGAAUAGAGGACCAGGGAGAUUAUAAAUGCAAAGCAUGGCCUCAGAAAAGAGGCCAAGAUGGUGCUUUCAUACAGGGAGCAGCCCAGGACUCCACCCAUGAGAGGAUUGACAUCUCGGCCACAGGUCAGUCAACAAGAGACCCACCCAAAUAAAGUCCUGAUGUAACUAUUAUGAUGCUCAUGCCAUCUGUCUGUGCCUUUAUCUCUCCACAGAAAGCAGGCUCUCGGUUGAAAUGCAAAACGAGGCACGUGUAAACGAAAAUGAUGCGCUGAAGCUCACAUGUAGAGUGCAUGGCUAUAGAAGACAGCUGUCGGUCACCUGGCAACGCAAAUCAACUCGCACAUCAUCAUCAUCUGUGUUCACCCCGGUCAUCAGUCUAAGUCAGGAGGGUGUUACGGCAAAAGCAGCAGAGUUUGAAAGCCGGAUGAUAAAAGCAUGGCGUCCAGCAGCCAACACCUUCAUCCUCGAGCUUGAUGGAGUCACACCCUCUGAUUCAGGAGACUAUCAGUGUGCUGUGUCUGAAUGGGAAAACAAUGACAUGACCAACAGUCACUCACAAACCACCAGUGUGACAGUGGUUGGUAAGAUACAUUUAUAUUUGUCUGAACAUGCACACAACAAGUUCCUAAAAAAAUCCAAAACAUGAGGAUUGAAUGUAGAUGUUGGCCAGUCUGUGAGAAUGAAUCCUGCAAAGAGUAAAAGACACAGUGAGGAGUCUUUAUCGCCUAAUACGAUUAGGAGGAAGACUAAAUGCGUCUAUUUAAUUUGUUAUCAGUGCAUGUAACCCCUGCCAUGAGGUGAGUCAGCCUUAGCAACUUUAUGCAUGUAGACAAAAGUUUGUAGUUGUUGACAACAUUCAAAGAAAAGUUUGGGCCAUUAAAAGACAGUGGGAGAAAAUAUUCUGUAACAGGAAACUACUUGUGAAUGCACAUUUAUAAGGAGCCACAACAUACUUCUCUGCAAAAAGGCAUCGCCAAAGAUUCCUCGCUGUAGCAGAGUCCAGAUUGCAAUGUAAUGGUAUUUGCUGACUGUAAAUUUAGGAUACUGCAGGUUAACGUUUCUAACUGUUUGGACAACCCGCUCAGCCCUCUGCAGCGCCGAUAUCACUUUAAUUUGCAUGCAGGAAAUCUAAAAUUCUAAUUAAGGGAAGGAACUGAGUGCAUUUAUGCUCCGGAAAGGGUGAACCUUUUACAUUUCAGCUCUGCUAUCUCAGGUCAAAUUCUUUGCUUUGCACUUGAGACUUUUUUUAAAACUUAAAAGCAGGAUACAUGCAGACAUUUGCACAAAUAUGCCUUUUGAUACUCGUCUGCACAAACAAGUACAUUCCUUUGAUAAAACUUCGUUUUCAGGAUUCCUUUUGCGCUGUUAAAUAUUCGUGUGUUGUAGGGUGUUAUCACUUUCACCAGGUUCAAAUCUGAUAUUUAGUUUAUGGUUGAAAUCUGGUGUGUAGGGUUGACAAUGUAGAUGAGAAUUAAUUAUUUAAAACCAUUAGGAAAUAAAAGACUGUAUCAAGCAAAAAUUGCAACAACUGAUAACAGCUGAUAUACAAGAGUAAACUGCCUGAAGAUUGCUUGACCUCAACCUUUUCCAGCUUUAAAGUCCCACUCUGAUUGUUUUUUUUUCUACUUAAAGUGUUAUCAGUGGUCUAAAAACUGUGAUUAUGAAGUUUUUAGACAAAAUCAUGUUACCUGUUUUGUUUUUAAGGACUUUUCUUCUGCAGAGCUCCAGUAGAUCAGCGGAGACAGUGCUGCUCUACACACUUGUCCUCGAGUUAGCUUGCAGCCUAACAUUGCUGGUGUUGUAGAGGUAGCAGGUAACAUAGGAGCUAUUCAGCUCUCAGACACUAUUGUCUUUAGGGGCACAAUGAAAGCUAAUAUCAUAAUUAGCUUUCUUACGAGCAUUUCAAUCCACUAACGCAGAUGCUUGUUCCGCGAUCAUCCUCUCUAUUUCUCCAAGCCUGGCCUGCAUAGCCGGGCUCCGGGUGGCGGAGCUUGGAUUGCUUACGUAGGAAAUCUCAUUAUCUGAUCCUGCUAUUACGUCCUGCCAGAGAUUUACAGCGAUUUGAUUGCAGAAAUACUCAGAAAUGCAGUUUCGUACUUCUUUUUCUCAUGAUAUGUCCUCUAGUAUCAGAAAAAUGUCUGUUUUUACCCUAAUCUCUCUGUAAUCAAGCACUUCUCCUUUUCUAUUUGUGUUGCAGAGUCAUCUGUGAGAGUGACCCUUACAAGUCGUGAGAACAGGGUGACUAUAGGAGAAAACGUGGACCUGAUGUGCCGGGUCAGAAACAAAAAUGUACCUGUAACAGUGACAUGGACUGUGCAGCGUGAAGCUAUCGUAGAUAACAUCCUGACGGUAUACUCAGAUGGUACCAUCAGCUGGUCUGGAGGGCAGAGCGGUUAUCAGCUUAAAGUGCAGAAGUCAGAAAAUGGGGAUAUUCACUAUCUGUCUAUCAACGGGGCCAGCAAAUUGGAGGCAGGAAGAUACCAGUGUAUCGUGUCUCAGGAUUCACACAAGAGGCCAACUGAAUCAAACUGGCUGGCUGUGGAGGUGGAGACGCCAGGUACUGCUCAGGUUUGGUAUGUGGCUUAGUGUGCUUUCUCCCUGCAUAUGUCUCACUAUCUCUUCACUAUCUUCUUCUUCUAGCAAGCAAACUCAGUCUGACCUCAGCCAAGAUGGUGACGACUUACAUCGACGCUGACGUACAACUGAAGUGCUCGGUCAGCUCAGGAGCGUCUUCAUCAUCUCGCUAUGCUGUCACCUGGAAGCUCGAACAAAAGGGAGAAAUGAAGGACGUCGUGAGCUUAGAUCAGGAUGCUACAGUUACAUUUGGACCCGAGAUAGAGCCGAGCCAGAGACAGAGAAUCAGCGUGAAGCACACUAAAGGCCCGAGUUUUGAGCUGGCUAUUCGGCAAGCUUGGUUCUCAGACAACGGCUCCUACAUAUGCAUAGUGAAGGAGUGGCUCCAAGAUCCUCGUGGUGGUUGGUAUCAGCUCCCACCAAAGAACGAAACUAUAACCCUAAUAGUCAUUGAGUCAGGUAAGGCUUUAAACCUCAAAUUUGUUAAAAAAAAUCUCAAGCAAAAACAUCUUCUUUUACACCUCAGGUUUGGUAGCAGCUAAAGUUGAUUCUUUUUGGUAAUUAGAGGGAGCGAACCAGGCUGUUUGUGCUAAAACAGAGACCUAAAACUCAUGAUAGUCUUACAAUCACAGUUUAAAGACUGGUGUCAACCUUGUCCUGAGAAAAUAUGUAUGAAUAUUCCACAAAAUUGCACUGAGAUGUGAUAAGAAGCACACCGUAUUACCAACAUCAUAUGAUAGUUUGCUUGUUUGUCUGCAUGAAGUUUUAUGCCGUGUAUUUCUCAAUCACAUGCAAAUUCAACUCCUCAAAAUAACCACUUCUCUGUUAGAGCAGUCAUAUGUUUUACCCGAGAAUGUAUGUAUGGAUUUUGUGUGUGUACAUCUUUGGCACUUGUUUGGCUUUUUUUUGCAGUCAUAGAUUUACUUAGCGAUGUGUGUGUGUGUGUAUUUUUGUAUUUGAUUCAGCCUCUAACAAAGCCCCCUAAUCUCCCUUCUGUCUCCUCUUUUCACCCUCUUCCCUAUCUGUCUGUGCUCUUGGGAAUUUAAUUUAAGGUCUUAUUGAUUGGUUGCCUUAUUAAACUAAUGUUGUACGUGUGCUUUUUCACAGAACAAAAACUAGCUGUUUCAAACAAAGAUGGGAAGUUGAAUGUGAGCAGCUCUCAGGAUUUCACUAUCCCCUGUCAUAUCACCGAACAGUCCAACAAGAAAUCUGAGUUCCAGGUCACCUGGUUUCGGAACAACACACUAAAUGAACAGCGCCCUGUAUUCACAGCUUACCGCAACUCCACCCUACAAGACAGGUAUGGGAAAAAGGAUAAGCUGAGAUUUGGCCAUGCUUCGUCCAACCAUUACAGCCUUACAGUGCUGGAGCCUAAUCCUGAGGAUAGUGGCCUGUAUUUCUGUGAGGUAGAGGAGUGGAUACAGUCUCUAUCCCAUGGCUGGAGGAAGAUCGCCACAAAACAAUCAGGGAUUUUGACUGUUUACGUCUAUGGAAAAGGUAAAAAUGACCAACUGAGGGCUGUCUAUGCUUGAAUGUUUCAUACAAGCUUUUUUGGACACGAGUAAUAGAGUAAUUGGUGUUCUUCUUUACAGGAAAUUCUGGAGCUUCCACUGACCAGGGAUGCAAUUUGGGGACCUGGAUAGGAAUUUUGGUUGCUUUCAUUAUCUGCUCACUGCUGGUUAUAUUUCUACUGGUGCUGAAGAUAUGCAGGAGCAACGUCUCCGGAGGAAAGAAGUCCAACCAGUCUCUGUGGACAGAGCAACAUCCUCUGAACACGAAACCCAGCGCAGAGGACUGA